GGUGUUGACGUGAAAAACGCGUGUUUUGGUGGAACUCAAGCUGUAUUCCACGCAAUUGAUUGGGUAUACGCAAACUAUUCAACGGAAAAGCGGAACGCCAUUGCUGUUCUUGCCGACAUAGCUGUAUACGAGCCAGGUCCUGCGAGCGAGCAGAGCAUGGCAGUACUGAUCACCCACCAGAUGCCCCCAUUGUAUUUCGACGUGGGGCUUCGAGCUCUCAUACAUGGCGAGCUCGUUGGGAUUGUCUUAUAA